CGCAGCUGGACGACAAGGGUGUGCUGUUGCUGAGAGUCGUACAUAAGUGGAUCGUUCCUGACAAGGGAAAUUCCUCUGAACCUUACAUAAUUGACAUGGUUCUCAUGGAUGAGGAGGGAACACGCAUACAAGCAACGGUUGAAAAUGCGCAUAUUUCUAAUUUUAAGGACAAAAUUAAGGAGCAUGACCUUUAUGGAAUGAUGCGAUUUGAGGUAAGGGCUAAUAACGGUGAUUACAGGCCUACUUCACAUCCUUUCAGGCUAUAUUUCAAGGAGAACACAAAGAUCAAGGAGCGUGAUCUUUCAAAAGAGACGGAAUUCCCAAGAGAUUUGUACUCACUAAAAAGUUUCAGCGAGAUUACAAAUACUCAUAAGAGAGCUGGAGAUGACUUAUUCGAUACAAUUGGAAAGUUUAAGCAUGACAACAUCAAAUAUUCCUUGCAAUCAGAUGGAUUGCCACGAGCAGCAGAAUUCAUACUCGAUAAAAAGUAGAUGUCGUGUACACUUUGGGGUGAGCAUGCGUAGGCUUUGAGGAAUAUUCCCAUAACUUCGGCUGAACCACACAUCAUGCUGCUCCAAUUGUGUAGAGCAAAGACUGACUAUGGUGCAGUCGUUCUUGCAAGCUCCUUUUACUGUACAAAGGUUAUAGUAGAUGAGAGUAUCUUUGAAAUUGAGGAGUUCCGUACCAAGUAAGAUGCUUCUUCCCUUAAUUUGAUUUAAUAUUGAUUGGUAGUACUAAUUGCAUUCAUAAAGUCAGUUUGUAAUUAAAAUGAUUAUACGAUCUAGAUUACUGUCAAAAAUAUACCAAUACUUAGAAUAUUAAAAAGGAAAAUGACAUGUAGAAAUCAGUUUCAUAUAUUAUAAACAUUUGAAUCUAAAUCUAUAUACUUU